CUUUGUGGAAUGGUUUGCUAAUUAGAUAGGACGCAGGGUACACACAGCAGGGUGUUUUUGCUUUUCAAUCCUGGCCUAGCCAUAAUUUUUAUUUAUUUAUAUGUGUGCAGUCAUCUGUAUUUUGCCUUUUACUGUCUCAUAAAUCCAUAACACUGUUCCCAUUUUCCAGUUCAUUAUUUGCCUAAGUUUCACAUUUAGCAAUUGCCCCUUCUGGGGGGCAGAGGGAGGCAGUCAUGGUAGACUGAGACAUAUGUGUUGCUCCUAAUCCACAACUGUUUGUGAAUCUAGGAAAUUUUCCAGUCCAUUUCUUUUCACAAUUACAUAGCAGAAGUUAGAGAUAAUGGAGUCCUUCAAGUUUAUGGAAGCCAAGUUGGUUAGCAAGGGCCUAGAGAGGAGGGGAUGAUACUGAGCAUUGGUAAAGGGAGGGAAAUAUAAGAGCAAUAAAAAGGCUGAUCUGAAAAUCCAGAGGAUGAGAACACAAGUCAUGGUGAAUAAGGGAGGGGCUGAGUCAGUGGCAGAGAUAGGUCAUCGUUUAGAAAAGGUGACAAGAAAUGAAUAAAAAAAAUUAUAGAAGAAAUGAAAGAACUGGGAUGAGUUAAAACUGGAAUGAGUAACUCAUUAGUGGCAGUAAAUAUCAGGAUGGCAUGCACAACAGAACACCAUAAAUAGGAACUACAUUUUAAAAAUCAUAGGAUUAAUAAAGUGGAAUUAAGCAACAGAAUUGACUUAAUAUAAUUAUAGUGAAUUCUAAUUAUGGCCCCAUAACUGUAUGCUGGUGAGCUUGCCUGCUAGAAGAGCUCAGGGCUAUCUACAUCUUAGGGAUGCAAUCACCAAGUCACAACUUUGGGCCCUUUCUUCAUUAAUGUUGUCCAUUUACACUGUGUUAUGUUAGGUAACUCUGUGUUUUGAAAUAUGAUAUGCUAUUAGCCAGUAGCCACAUAACAUUGUAUUAGAUGGAUGAUAAAGUGUUGAUAAAGAAAUACACAAAAACAAUUUUUUAGGGGUGGAGGAAAGAACUGACAGCUAACACUCCAGACAAAAGCAUAGGGUGGCUGGAGAAGUUAGGAAAACGGAUUAUAGCUGACUACAGACCACAGUACAUUGUUACUAAGCAACGGGACUUUAAACUCUGUGUUGAAAGACAGCAGACUGACACAACUCCUUUUCUCGCUUUGUAAGAAGGCAGUUUGCAUUUACAUCAUUUGACUAGCCCAAGAAGUUCUGAUCUUCAAGAAAAGGCUUCUUUCGAGGUCCCAAACUUUCAGCCUUCACUCAAGUGUAAACCCACUGACGCUACUCACAUGAGUAAAGAUAUCAGCAUCAGCCACAGGGAUUGGAGAUGUAUGAUGAAAUAAAAGUAGAUGCUUGAUAAAGAAAGAAGCCUACUAUAUCAGAGAACGUGUCUUUUAUGUAUUCAUCCCCUCAAGCUCAUCUGAAGAAGAGGGUUUUGCCGAUUAAAAAAUCACGAUACUAUAUAUAUAUAUAUUUAUUAGUCUGUAAGGUGCCACAGGACUACUUGCUCAUUCUGAGAGAGAGAGAGAGGGAGAGAUUCUAUCCUCACUCCAUUUCUGAACACAGAGAAAGGAGAACAAAGGGAGAAAAAUGCCAUUGCCUGUAACCCUGGAGCCAGGACCUGUAUAUUUCUUUGACCAGCUGAUAUCAAGAACGAAAGAGCGGGGCAAGAAAGGACUACCCACUGAUUUCAAUUCACAUACCAUAAAUUCUCAUCCCACAAGUUUUAUUCCCAGCUUGCACAAAUGCAGCAAUCCUGGAUGUAAAGGAAAACAUGUGGAAGAAAAUGAAGAUAGUUUCUUAAAAGAGGAUACAACAAGAGGAGAGAAUUAUCCAUUUCUGCUUCAGACAUCUAGCUCUUCCCUAUUCAAAACUAUUAGUGAAGUUCCCAGCUCAAAGUUCUCCCCAAAACCUUCAAUUCUUCCAGCAGAAGAAGAAAUACAGAUGAGCUUGUUGGCUGAAUAUAAAUCCAUGGCUCCCACCAUCUUACAUGAACUCGGAGAAAUAUUGCACCUCUUUGCUAGCUAUGACAUCAUUUUCCCUCAGGGAAUUGUAAAUCUCCUGAACUACAGCUGGAAGGAGCUCACUGAAGGUGCUGAUUACAGUAAAAGGCACCAGCAGUCCCUAAAGGACAAAAGCACAAGAUCAGGGAAAGGCCAAACACCAGAAGAGUGUGACAAGAAAGCACCAAGGUCUGAAUAUGUGGAUCAUGAAAUGAUUCAGUGUGCAAAAGGCUGGCGGAAGAAGAGUGUUUUACCUACAGAUAGUGGGAAGGAAAAAAAGAAUCCUGAAAUGGCACCAAAUAAUCCUCUAGGAAACAAAGCUCCUGUUGUACAACAUGAUACUCAUUUACCUGUCACAAUCAGUUUCUCACUGUCAUCAAAACUUUCUGAAGAAAAAGGUUGGAGUUUCCAGCAUUCUGACUCUGAAGAUCUUGAAUGGAAAGCACCUUUUGCCUGGGCAGUGACAAGACUACGACAAGCUCAGAUACAAAUAAACAAUCAGAUAUCUAAGCUGAAAGAAGCGGGAUUUGACCAACCAGUUAUUCUCCGGCAUUAUGGUGAUGCUGUGAGAGAAAAUAUUCCCAAGAAAUUUAAGGAGAGGACCUGCAAGACCUUAUUUGAGCUACUGAAUGGAAAACCCCAAAUACCAGCCAUCAAGCAAGCAGUCCCAACGUUACAAAAGCUACAUUACAGGCUGAUAGAUGGCUCAUCUUUGAUUUACUAUCCUUCUGGGUGUCCUGCAGUCUGCCAAAGCUAUUCCGAUCUCCCACGUGGUGGUGUGUACACCAAUAUAUUCUCUGCCUCUCCAGAUCAGAGAAUACUUGGAAGCUUUACACCUUUUGGACAUGGUAGUAUUAGCCUUCAUAACAGUAACGUCAUUGCAAUGAUGUUCAAUCAAGAAGGAGGCAUGGUGACUAAUAGAGAUGGAGAAAUAGUCAGGGAAUGGAGAUGGCCUCAAGUGGGAAAGCUUAGUGAUCCAGUUGUAAUGCAGGUUAAUGACUACAUCACUGUGAGGGUUGCCGGGCGCUUUGCUAUUAGCUUGGUCUACAGGUGGCAACAGGAACGUGUGCAAUUGUCUUUGUCACCACUACAGGAUGUGGCACUUCCACAGUUAGAAGAACUGGGUCAGAUGCUCACCAGAGUUAAACUUUCAUCCAAAUCAGCUAAGGAAUUCUCUAAAGUAAACAGGAAAAAAUUGAGAGAGGAAGAAACAAAGGUUUCCAAGAAAAAACCAAAGUUAUCAGACUUGGUGAAGACACUUAAAAAUCCAGAAGAGACCAUAAGCCCUAUAAAUGACUUCAGUGCAGCCCGAGAAUUAAGAAAACUACAGCAGAAGAUCAAGAAUAUUCUGGAUGACUGGCUGGAAUACUAUCGAAUGGCUUUUGAAAUUGACUCGCCACACAUUCACAAAAUGCCUAGACUUUCUCAGAGAACUUUAACUAAAUGCACAGUGCAGUCUGCAGCUGCUUCCCUGACUACCUCAGUUGUACAGAGAGCACCAGAGAAGAAGAGAGACUACAGAAGAGCCUCUGAGUCAGACAGCCCUCUCCUGCUGGCUCAUUUUCAAUCAGCUUCUGCUCACAAAAUGCUGUGGGAGCAGUCAUCUUAUUCUCCCAGAAUUUCCUCUUUAGCAAACAGCAAUAUCAAACCAGAUCAGCCACAUGUGCCUCAGUUCAGUUUAAAUAAAUACACUGUUGCAUUACAGAACGCCUACAUAUCAGGUGAUAAAUUAUGGCUUACAUCCCAUAGUGCUUGCCCUGCUGUCCUUCGGAGAAUGCUGGUGGGGCAGGAAGGAAAGAUAUGCAGAUGUAGUAAUCAUCAGAUUCCAUAUGUAUCAGACCUGGAGUAUGAUCACCUUAUUAACAACCAGAUGUCUGCCCAGGAACAAAUCAUGGUGGUCUGUGUGUCUUCAUCACUGAAAACGAAUGAGGAUCCAAGUGAAGACAAAUUAGAGCAGCUCUAUGAGAGAAAGAACAGGAACAGAAGUAUGCCAUGUAUGCAGGAGCCGCUGCCAGAGGGGCAUUCCAGUUGUUUUUGGGAGCCUCGUAAGGGUCGCCUGGAUUCCUAUCGUCUCCUCAAAUAUGACAUCAACUAUACAGACGAAUUUACAGGUCAUAAAGGUUCAUUACUGGUGCAAAGGCAUAAUGUUGCUCCUGGCAUGUUUUUGAUGUAUAUUCAAGGAAAGCUGCUCUUUGCCAAUUAUAUUUUCAAUGGAUAUAGCAACUCAGCUAAAGACCUUCAAAAACAAAUAGCAAAGACCCGAGGUGAUUACCAUAUGGGCUACUGUAUACCCAAUGAUUUCAGAUUCAGUAAUGGAGUAGGAAAAAAAUGAUGGAGCAUCAAUCAUCACACAGCCAAUAAGACUUAGGACAUCAGUUGAUUGCUUGGUGGACAUCAUCUGGAACUGACAAAUUCUAGGGUUUGUGGUCAUUGACUGAGGAGGAUGUGAAGAAGGGAGUGAGUGUUUCUGGUCUUUACAUGGAAGGGGUGGAUCAGGAUUGGGCCAGGAAGGUUGAAGGGCUUAUCUAUACAGCAAGUAGCUGCAUGGUAAACUAGGAUGUGAAUCUAGAGUGCACCAGCUGAAUUACUGCACAAAGACUAGCUAGGUCUAUACUGCACAGUUAUUUUGGAAUAAGCUAUUCCGGAAUAGUUAUUCUGAAAUAGCUUAUUUUGAAAUAGCAUGUCUACACUGCAGGGAAGCCUCAAAAUUAGUCCAAGGCAGGCUUCCCUAAAGUAGACAUGCUAUCUCAAUUUAGAGCCUAAGAGGAUGGCCCUGGUGAGGGGCUAUUUCAAAAUAGCAGAAUUAGAGCAUCUACAUACGCCUUAUUUCAAAAUAGCUAUUUUGGAAUAGGCAUUAUUCUUCAUAGAAUGAGGUUUACAGAAGUCAGAAUAAGCCAUCUGUUAUUCUGAAAUUAUUUUGAGAUAACGGAAUUGCUACGUAGACAUACCCCGAGAGUCCGAGAGUGUGGCAUGACUUACUAUGUUUUCAAGAAGUAAUACAGCAAACUCCACUGUGAGAUUUUCAGUGUGCUGUAGCAGUGUCCUCAUAGGACGGACAUUACUGCUCUACAAGCUUCUGCACUUAGAAUCACACCCUGGCUUGACAGCAGUAAAACGCUGUGCAGACAAGUCCAAGUCCUGACCAGACAGCCUGCUUGUCUACCUCUGAUACCCAUAUAUUUAUAGCUACUAAACUUGUAAAUUGAGUGUGUAUAGUAUAUCUUCAUACACAAUAUGCUGUGAUAUGUGCUUGUUCAGCCAAGCUCAGAUCCGGGGUCUUAAAUGUCCAGCUGGUAUUUAAAUACGUUCUGCUAGGCAUUUAUGGAUUAUAUUAGACCAGGUGGCAACUGCUGAAGAUCAAACUAGGUUUUAUUUUGAUUCAACAACUUCCUGUGUUGCAUGGCAAGGAAAACAUUUAUCACAGAAAUCCUGGUGAAUAUGAAUACAUUUUCCUCCACCAAAACAAAUAUUUUCUUUCAUUUCAUCUCAGCUAGACAUAUGGAACAGACAGACAACUAGUCCUCACUGAAAUGGGAAAGUUCAGUAGCUCAAAAAAGUUUGUUGACUUUCUCAUUUGCAAAGAAAUUAACAAAAAAAAAAAAUGUCCAGUGAAAUCAAUAAAGCGUCAUGUGCGCAAGGAACACAGAUGUAGGGUAGUUUGGAAACUCAAUAAAACCAGUUACUCUUGACCUGGUCCAUCAGUAUUUCUCCUUAUAUGUCGAAUAGGUGAUUUCAAGUCUGCAGUGAGGAAUAGGAAUGGUUUAUCAGCAGCUCAAUUAUCUUAUUACUGUAACAGCAACAAGAGAGGUUGGCAAUUGCUGAUCUUACUUAUUAUUGAUACAAAGGUGUCUACUUUGAAAGUUGUGCAUUGUUUAAAAUUCAGUAAACGCACGUACAUCAGUGUAUGAAUUUUCACUGUAUUAUGUUAUUUAAUAUAAAAAAUGGUGUUCAUCAGAAAUAAAUAUUUCUAUCAUAGAUAUUUGUCUAUAGUCAAGUGUUUACUUGCUACUAUACCUGUAAAACUUAAGGACAGAAAUUAGAUGGGCUAUCAGAUUACAAUCAAAUCUAGGAAGGUGAUUUUUGCAGUUAGGAUUCCUUCUAGUCGGAUCUGGUCGAGAAGAAAUACCUUCAACAUUAGUUAACUAUAGAUAACUGUGCACUUCUCCAAAACAUUAUGAAGCUAUUAAUUUUAAAUGGGUUAUGGAAAAUGUAUUUACUGUCAAUUCUACUCACUGAAAAUGCUGGCUACCGAGAGACAUCAGCUCACUCCUGUAUUCAAUGUGGAUGUCACGCUAAAAACAAUCAAAUUUUUCAAAAUUAAACAAAUCUCGAAGUAUUUUGUUCCAUUAAGGUCUCUCUGCAGUUAUCACUCUAAGAACAUUGGACAGCAUUUGUACUUCUAUAUGCACAAUAUGUUAACACAGUGCAUGGGCGCUAAUGCAGAACCCUGUAUGGUACCAAUAUGUAAAAUGCAGCAAGAAAUGUAGGUGGUCAAAAAAAACCCUAAUCAGCUCAAGAGGCUCCACAGCUUGAAAACAAAGACUUCUGAACAGACCCCAUCAAGAGGAAAUUUGGACUAUAAGGCUACGUGUACACUGCAACACUAUUGGAGUAUCCCGAAAUUGCUAUCCUGCGCCUUCACAGCAAGCCUGUUAUUUCAAAAUAUAACAGGCUCACUAUUCCAACAUCCCUGUAAACCUCAUUCCAUGAGGAGUAAGGGAUAUUUCAGAAUAGCAGAUUAUUACAAAAUAAGCUAUUUCAAAAUAAGAUCAAGUAAGAUACACAUUUUGCAUAGCUCAAAUUGCGUAUCUUAUUUCAAGCUCUUGUGCAGUGUAAAUGCACCCUUAGAGUCUAGUUAUACAUAGCUGGAAGCAAGUUAUCAAAUUAAGGGAGACCAUUCUUUGGGUGGAGUGGGCUGUUAACCAAAUUUUUCUGCAUUCAUUUAUUAUAAAUAGCCUUAAAGUAGAUUGGCCACUAGUACAGUUACAUGUUGCGUCUUAAAUGGACGCAAUUGUAAAAGUAUGUGCGUCUGAUAUUUUUAAGAACUCACUGAAUAAAUUUGCCAAUUUUAUUUGCAUUUAAUAAUCAACUGAGUUAGUCAUGAAAAGCUUGUACGGGUUGAACCUCCCAAAUCCGGGAAUCUGGUUCAGCAACAUCUGUGCUGAUGGACCAGAAUCCCAAAGGUGGGAGCAAUUCAGAGGUUGGGGAGCCCUGACUGGGCCAGGUGGCAUCUCGGUAGUCCUCCCUGCCUUGGCCUGGGAACCUCCAGAAUUAGCUGGGGAGCCCUAUCCCUGGCUGGGGAACCCCUGACAUUAGUGGGGCCAGGCAGUGCUUAGGAGCUCCUGCCCAAACCAAGCAACCCCCAAUAUCAGCUGGGCCACAUGACUGGGGAGUCCCGGUCCCAGCCGGGGAAUUCCCGGCUGCAGCUGGGCUGCUGGCGGCCAGGUGGCUAUGGCCAGGAACCCCGAGAACAUCACACUGGCUGCAGGGACGAGGUAACCAUGUAGGGGAAUCCCCUGGCUGAAGCGGGGCUAGCAGAGGCAGGUAACCAGAAUCCCCAGUGGACUGGGGUGGCCCUAGCAGCGGGGCGGUGUGGCUGGGCAGCCCUAGCUGGGGAACCCCUGGUGCAGCAGGAACACUGAGGAACACCCUAUGGCAGCAGGGCUGGCAACAGCCAAGCAGUCCCUACCAAGAAAAUCAGGAGACUUUGGGGCAGCAGGGAGAAGUGCCUGUGCCAGAGCCCGAGAGUGGGGCAGUGAGCAGGGGAGCAUUGACUUUCCCUGGUCAGCAAACUCCCUGGUUCAGGACAGAUCAGGUCCUGAGGGUGCCGGACCAGAGAAGUCCAAUCUAUGUUUGUUUAAUGAUGAUGAAAUCUAAGAUUGCUUAUUCCAUGGCUUUAUUCUUUUCUCAAACAUGUUUAAUUUCAAGUGAUCAGAAAAAGUGUUUUCUUUGCAUCUUUUAGCCAGGUCUGCAGUAAACACUGUAGAAAUUACUGCCUCAAACAAGAGCUAUGGGGGUGUAUUUUUGUAGUCGUCCAGAGCAUUUGCAGCUCCCGUUAACUUUAGCUAGACUUGUGAGAGUAGUGAAAAUCAAGUUCCAGAUAAUUUUGUAAGUACUUAUAGUUUAUAGUGUUGUUGUAGCCAUGUUUUCCUAGAAUAUUAGAAAUACAAAGUUGGUGUUGAAAUAUCUUUUAUUGACCAACUUCUGCUGGUGAGAGACACAGCACAGAGAGUUUUGUAUUAGCUUGAAAACUCUCUCACUCCAACAGAAAUUGGUCCCAAAAAAAAGAUAUUCCCCCUCACCCACCUUGUGUCUCUAAUAUUUUACACUCAUGUAAAGAAGAUAGGAUUCCAUUAUUUGGAUUUAGGAAAAAGAAAGACAGUAAUAUUGGGAUACACAGCCAGAACUCAUGAGAUGCUGGUGGAUGAGCUGAUGGAAAAAAUAUCAGUGAAAAAUAAAAUUAGAUGAAAAGAAGAAUCAAUUAGAAAACUCCAUCAGGGCACUUGGUGAACUUGGGUCAAAGACAAGGAAGACUUCUUUUCAAUGGGAAUGACAACAUUCCACACACACACUCCCAGUCUAUUUAAACUAGUUGUUCUACAAAUAGAAAGACAACUGCCUACCACAGACAGAACGGCAUCAAUAGUUCUAUUUUCUCAUCUAUUUUCUCAGAAGACCCCUCUCAAGGAACAAACUCUGCUACCGAAAGGGAUGCUUAGCUGCUCAAUACAUCAUGGUUGAGGGAAAGACUAUAUUUCCUAGGCAUUAUUCAUUCUACAGCCUUCAUCCACAUACAUUUAAAUAAGGAAACAGCAUACACUACCAUUGCCAAACAAAGCAUUUAAAGACAUUCCCCUUGCUUUAGUCAGAGCGCAAGGCAGCAGAAGAAACAGGGAGAAGAGGGCAGAGGACACAUUAUGUAAACCAUGAUCCUAAGCCACUUACUCCCUCCAUUACAUGUUAAUAUUUCCCCAUUUGGGGACUGUGAAACUUCACGUAUUUACACCACAAUGUUUCCUCCAAAUCAAUAUCAGGUCAGGGAGAAGGUUGCAGGGCAGAGUUGGUCUUGUUACAAAAUGGCCAAGAGGAUGGUCUCUCAGGUGCUGAGGGUCCACUGAGCUGUGUUUGCUCUACAUUAUCUCAUGGCAGCACAACACCCUCAGGAACUUCACUGCCAUUAAGUUCCUGAUAAUAAGUGUAUCAUACCCCACACCCAAGGAGUUGGCAGAUGCAGAGGAGUUAACAGGAGUAAUUAUUGGCCUGAUUUCUGAAUGGAAAUCCAUUCAUGUCCCAAGGAUCCAGAGAUUCUGUCUACUCCCUCUCAGCCUGAGCCAUGGAACUCUUACUCGGAAGAUGGGUUUCCUUUGUGUCAGAAGGUAGGAGGCCAGUGCUAUUAAACCACUGGUCUCCCUUUUGUGAAAUUAGCCUCUUCUGUGUCACAGUUCAUGCUCUUUAAAUCAGUGCUGCAGAGAGAAACAAAUAGCAGAGAGAGCAAACAGUUUGGGUGUGUUUAGAGUUCAGAGUUUUUUCGAAAAAAGUGGCUUUUUUUUUCGAAAAAACUUUACCUGCAUCUAGACUGCUGCUGUGAUCUUUUGAAAUUAAAUCAAAAGAACAUG